AAGGCCCGGUGAGAAAUCGAGCGCAGCGCCGGUGGGCUGGCACUGCUGGGGGACCCAGUACACCCUUCGCAGCUGCUGGCCCGGGUGCUAAGCCCCUCAUUGUCCGGGGCCAGCAGGGCUGGCCGGCUGUUCAGAGUGCGGGCCCGCCAAGCCCACGCCCACCCGGAACUCCAGCUGGCCCACAAGCGCAGCACGCAGCCCCAGUUCCCGCUCCCGCCUCUCCCUCCAUACCUCCCUGCAAGCUGAGGGAGCCGGCUCCGGCCUUGGCCAGCCCAGAAAGGGGCUCCCACAGUGCAGUGGUGGGCUGAAGGGCUCCUCAAGUACCGCUAAAGUGGGAGCCCAGGCAGAGGGGGCCCCCAGAGCGAGUAAGGGCUGUGAGGGCUUGCCAGCAUGCUGUCACCUCUCACUGUGACCCAGUCCUAGCCAAUGCCACAUAAGAGGGACCAAGCUAGGGGCUUCUAGGAAUGAUUCCUCACUUCUAGAAAGAAAUCUUUAAAAUGAGGUGGCCUUUCUUCUGCAAGUAGCUAUUGUUCUGCUGCAGUGUGAGUUCUAAAUUUGCUUCAGCAGUCUCCACCCAGCCCAAAGAUAAUAUCAAUACACAGAAGAAGAAGAGUCAGGAGACGAUGAGAGAAGUUCUGGACUCCAAGGAACAACACUCAGAGCUUGCCUUCCCUCAGACUUCUUGUUAUGGUGGUAACAGAUUUCUAUUAAAUUUAUAUUAAUGAUAAAUUGUUUUCUUGACCUGGUUUUAUGCGAACCAAAACAACCAUCAAAGUUAAUAAUUUUCUCUUUAAAACAUCCCCUGCAUUUUGUCCCAAUCCAGGAUUAGUCAGAAUAGAUGAAAACUGAUGAGUCAUCCUGAGAGCAUGAACCCCAGUGGAUUGUAGGGGUUGACUACAGUAUUGAGAAAUAUUAAAAUAACAAAAAGUACAGAAGAGGCAGGGAUCUCAAAAAGUGCUCAGUGGAACCACCACUUAUUGUUGAGUCAACAUUCAGGACACAGUUGUUUCUUCAGACAGAGUUCACUCUAUGAAAACACUAUGAGCAAGACUUCAUCGCCUCCAUGACCUGGUGUUGUGUCUGAUCGCCCCAACAUUCCUGGCUGCCCAGUGUAGGGCAGUGAAGACCCCAGUGAAGGAAUGCUGGAGUGUGUGAAAGCGGAGGACGCAUCGUCAAAGGACACCCGAGGACGUCUCAAAGAAGCUCGGCGGGAAAGCUGAGCGCUCGGAAGAACCAAGUUAUUUCUAAACAGAACUAAGAUCAGAAUUGUUUGAAUCAUCAGAAUCGUCUCUUUUGAAAAAUCGAUUCAUCAAAUGAAUCUUCAGCCAACAACUGUUCAAGAAGGAUGCAAAUAUCACAGACCGUAUAAGACUGCCUAUGUACCUCCUCCUACAUGCCAUUGGUUAACCAUCAGUCAGUUUGCAGGGGUGGGGGGAGGGGUUUCCUGCCCAUGGUUUUUGUAAUCUCUGAGGGGAAGAAGAAGCAAACAUUUGCUAGUCAGACAAGUGACAGGGAAUGGAUUCCAAACACCAGUGUGUGAAGCUAAAUGAUGGCCACUUCAUGCCUGUAUUGGGAUUUGGCACCUAUGCACCUCCAGAGGUUCCGAGAAGUAAAGCUUUGGAGGUCACAAAAUUAGCAAUAGAAGCUGGGUUCCGCCAUAUAGAUUCUGCUCAUUUAUACAAUAAUGAGGAGCAGGUUGGACUGGCCAUCCGAAGCAAGAUUGCAGAUGGCAGUGUGAAGAGAGAAGACAUAUUCUACACUUCAAAGCUUUGGUCCACUUUUCAUCGAUCAGAGUUGGUCCGACCAGCCUUGGAAAACUCGCUGAAAAAAGCUCAAUUGGACUAUGUUGACCUCUAUCUUAUUCAUUCUCCAGUGUCUCUAAAGCCAGGUGAGGAACUUUCACCAACAGAUGAAAAUGGAAAAGUAAUAUUUGACAUAGUGGAUCUCUGUACCACCUGGGAGGCCAUGGAGAAGUGUAAGGAUGCAGGAUUGGCCAAGUCCAUUGGGGUGUCAAACUUCAACCGCAGGCAGCUGGAGAUGAUCCUUAACAAGCCAGGACUCAAGUACAAGCCUGUCUGCAACCAGGUAGAAUGUCAUCCGUAUUUCAACCGGAGUAAAUUGCUAGAUUUCUGCAAGUCAAAAGAUAUUGUUCUGGUUGCCUAUAGUGCUCUGGGAUCUCAACGAGACAAACGAUGGGUGGACCCGAACUCCCCGGUUCUCUUGGAGGACCCAGUCCUUUGUGCCUUGGCAAAAAAGCACAAGCGAACCCCAGCCCUGAUUGCCCUGCGCUACCAGCUGCAGCGUGGGGUUGUGGUCCUGGCCAAGAGCUACAAUGAGCAGCGCAUCAGAGAGAAUGUCCAGGUUUUUGAGUUCCAGUUGACUGCAGAGGACAUGAAAGCCAUAGAUGGCCUAGACAGAAAUCUCCACUAUUUUAACAGUGAUAGUCUUGCUAGCCACCCUAAUUAUCCGUAUUCAGAUGAAUAUUAACAUGGAGGGCUUUGCCUGAUGUCUACCAGAAGCCCUGUGUGUGGAUGGUGAUGCAGAGGACGUCUCUAUGCCGGGGACUGGACACAUCACCUCUACUUAAAUCCAUCCUGUUUAGCGACUUCAGUCAACUAGAGCUGAGACCAUAGGCCAGAAAGACAAUAAAUUUUUAUCAUUUUGAAAUAA